CAGAUAUAUUGUUACCACUUCAUAAGUAAUCCGUUUAUCAUACCUCCUUGCUAAACUAUCAACUCUUUAUCAAAGAUUAUACUUGUUAUAUAAACGAGAUCGGUAUUUUCAUCUAAUCAUAUCGUGAUCGUGAGAGAAGAGCUGACACGGGGAUCAAAAUGAGAAUCCUCCUGGUUUUAUCUCUGCUUGUUGUGGCGCAAGUUUAUUGUCAAGAACGAGAGCUAGACUGGUGGGAAACAACAAUUUUCUACCAAAUCUAUCCGAGGUCUUUUAAGGACAGUGAUGGAGACGGCAUCGGAGACUUGAAUGGAAUAACCGAAAAUUUGGAAUACCUCAAGGAGUUGGGCGUUGGAGCAACUUGGUUAUCACCCAUUUUCAAAUCUCCGAUGUAUGAUUUUGGUUACGAUAUAUCAGAUUUUUAUGAUAUCCAGGAAGAGUAUGGCACAAUGGAAGAUUUUGAUAGACUUAUUGCCAAAGCAAAUGAAUUAGAUAUCAAAAUUAUUCUUGAUUUUGUGCCCAAUCACGGUAGCAAUGAAAGCGUGUGGUUUGAAGAAGCACUAAGAGGUCAUGAAAAAUAUUACGAUUACUUUGUCUGGGAAGAUGGAGUAGUUGGUGAAAAUGGUGAAUUAGGACCUCCUAACAACUGGAACAGUGUGUUCCGUAAGAGUGCUUGGGAAUACAGAGAAGAAGUCGGCAAAUACUAUCUACAUCAAUUUGUCAUUGGCCAACCAGAUCUCAACUACCGUAACCCUGAAGUGGUAGAAGAGAUGAAGAACGUUGUACGUUUCUGGCUCGACAAAGGAGUUGCAGGAUUUAGGGUUGACGCUAUUGCUCAUUUGUUUGAAGUAGAUAAAGCACUGUAUGGUGGUAAAUAUCCAGAUGAGCCUCGUUCGGGUAACAGAAAUGCUAAUCCUCUGGACUACGAUUACUACGACCACAUUUAUACUAAAGAUCAAGACGAGACAUUUGAUAUGGUUUAUCAAUGGAGGGAAGUGCUGGAUGAGUAUAAGGCAAGAGAUGGAGUUAGCAGAGUCAUGAUGACUGAGGCUUAUUCUAGUCCACAGCUGACUAUGAGAUAUUUUGGAGAAGGUGAUAGAGAAGGCGUACAGAUGCCAUUCAACUUUGUCCUUAUUUCCGAUGUAAAUGGUGGGUCAUCUGCUGCUGAAAUUAAAUAUGCUCUCGACAAAUUUUUGACAUUCAAACCUGUUGAUAAGUUUUCAAACUGGGUGGCUGGAAAUCAUGACAACAGCAGGGUCGCUUCCAGAUUCAGUCCAGAAUUAGUAGACGGUAUCAACAUGAUUGUUCUUCUUCUCCCUGGUAUAGCUGUCACAUACAUGGGUGAAGAAAUCGGAAUGGUCGAUGGUUACGUGAGCUGGGAAGACACUGUCGACCCAAGCGGCUGUAAUACUGAUGAUCCUAUCAAUUACUGGACUAAAUCCAGAGACCCUGAACGAACUCCAUUCCAAUGGAAUGCUGACAAGAAUGCGGGUUUCUCAACUGGGGACAAGACAUGGCUACCUGUAGCAGAGGGUUAUGAGAACCUCAAUGUAGAAGUGCAGAAGGUCGUGAAAAGAUCUCACCUUAACGUUUACAAAGCUCUUGUCCAAUUAAGAGCAGAAAAUACUUUCAGAUAUGGCAGAUUCGAAUCUGUAGCCCUCAACAACGAUAUCUUUGCUUUUAGAAGAUGGUACAACGGAGAAACUUAUAUCGUGGUCAUCAACUUUAGGAAUGUCCCAUACACGGUUGACUUAACCUAUUUUGAAAACGUUAUUGGUCGAUUGGAAGUCGUAUUAAGUAGUGUCCAAUCUCCCAAAGAAGCUGGAUCCAAUGUGGAAGCGUCAGCAGUAGAUAUAGUGGAGAGCGAAGCUCUAGUAUUGAAAGUUUUGUAACAAGCGGACCAAAUGUCAAUAAUUUAUUUAUCCAAA